GAGAGAAGGGUCAAAUGAAUUUCUGUUGCGCAUUUAACAAUUAAAUUCACUUUAGAAAAGAAUUUCUUUGCUCAAGCCUGAAGGCCUCUGGCUUCCUGAAUGAAAUGAAAAGGCCUAAGAAAGCCCAAACAAUACAGCAUCUGAAGAUGCAUUGAAAUGCUUCGUCCUGAAGGAUGCCAUCCGAAGGAGCCUGAUGCACAGCUUCAGGUCCUUGAUGAAGAGGGGCCUGCUUCCCAGCCUUUCAAGAAUGUGGGACAGUCUGAAGUUCCAGCCCUUGUCACUUGUGGCAAGACCCAGGGCAACAGGCAGCCUUUCAGCCGAACAUCCGAAAAUGAACAAUUCCACUGCUGUCCUUUUCCUUGGUUUUGUUUGUGGAUUAAUACAACAGAUGGAAGCAUCCCUCCUUGACUACAUACCGAGAAAAACUGUAAAGUAUUCAAAUGAUAGCAUAAAAGCAUUUGUGAAAAUGAGAUUUUCCAAUUUUUCAACACUGCUGAUGGAUGAAGAAAUUGAGAUCUUAUUUAUCGGGGCCAAGGAAGCUGUCUUUGCCGUUGACAUGAAUGACAUCACCCAAGAAAUAGCCCAUGUGUUUUGGCGUACUUCUGAAGAGGCACAACAGGCAUGUGUUCAUAAAGGAAAAAACAAAGUUGAAUGUCAAAAUUACAUCCUCCUCCUCCACAAAAUUACUGACACUACCUUGUAUGUUUGUGGAUCAAAUGCAUUUCAUCCCACUUGUGAUUUCAUGAUUCUCAACAAAACAAAGAUGUUUCUAAAGGGGAAAGCUGAGGAGAGCAGAGGGAAUUGUCCAUUUGGCCUAACCCUGAAGUACAGUUCUGUCCUAGUUGAUGGCGCGCUCUUCUCUGCAACCUACAGCAACUUUUUGGGCACUGAACCUGUUAUAUUUCGGGGAUUGAAAAAUCACUUAAAGACAGAGUUCAAAGCAAGUUGGCUUAAUGAACCCAGCUUUGUCCACAUGGAUGUUGUGCAAGAAAGCAAAGAUAACCCUAGCGGAGAUGAUGAUAAAAUUUAUGUAUUCUUCUCCGAAACGGCUGUUGAAUUUGAAUUCUACGAUAAACUUCUAGUGUCAAGAAUCGCUCGUGUUUGCAAGAAUGACCUCGGUGGGAGACAUCUAUUGCAAAAUAAAUGGACAUCAUUUUUAAAAGCCACCCUUAUCUGUUCGGCUCCAGAGUCAAAUUUCCAGUUUAAUAUUGUUCAGGAUGUCUUUUUACUUAAAACAGCAGACUGGAAAGAAACAAUUUUUUAUGGAAUAUUUGUACAGCAAUGGGGGAAGUUGGACAAUUCUGCCAUUUGUGCUUUCAGCAUGGAAGCAGUUCAAGAUGUUUUCUCCAAGGGAAAGUACAAAGAGCCAGUGACCAUAGCACAUUCCCAAAUUAAAUGGAUAAGAUACAGGCAAGAGGUGCCAGUCCCCCGUCCUGGAGCGUGCAUAGACAAUUUUGCCCGGAGUUUUGGAUACAACACGUCUCUCGAUUUACCGGAUAAAACCAUUCAGUUUGUUAGAGACCACCCACUGAUGGAUGACACAGUCAAGCCAAUUGGUAAUAGGCCAGUGUUGCUGAAGAGGGGCUCAAACUAUACGAGGAUUGUAGUAGACCGAAUAAUUGGGCUUGACAAAAAAACCUAUGAUGUCCUCUUCCUAGCCACAGAUAAUGGCUAUUUGCACAAAGUUGUCAACUGUGAUGGAGACGUGUUCAUUGUGGAAGAGGUACAGCUGUUUCAGUUCUUGGAACCUAUACAGUCUCUCAGGAUAUCUUCCAAAAAGGGUCUGUUGUACAUAGGAUCUGCCUCUCAAGUUGUGCAGCUCCCAGUCUCAGUGUGCACCCGGUACAAACGCUGCUUGGAUUGCGUCUUAGCAAGGGAUCCUUACUGUGCGUGGGCCCAGCAUUUUAAUGAGUGUGUCCCCGUGGCUCGUCAUAAGGACAACCCAGAGAGUUUAAUUCAGAACAUUAAAACUGGGGAAGCGUUGGAGUGUCCUAGAACUGGCAGUCAGGUGAGAAACUACCUCAUUGAGGACGGGACCAGCAUCCACCUGAAAUGCGCACCUCUGUCCAACUUGGCCAGUACCCUGUGGAUGUUUAACGGCAAGAGUCUGAAAGCUGAGGAGUCGAAAUACCUCUUCUCCGACCGAGGACUGGUGAUAUUUAAUGUCGUGGCGGCAGACGCCGGGCGCUACGAUUGUCAGUCUGUGGAAAGAGCCAAGGGCAAAGAAUUUCUCGCCACCAUGGCCAGCUACAUCCUCCUGCCUCAGUCGGGAGGCUUGGCUCGGUUCCCUCAGCGCGACGCCCUGGAUCGGCCCAACGCCGAGGCCUUCCUGCUGGAGGCUAAGCCCUCAAGGUGGGAAGCCCCAGGUGAGAAGCUCCUCUUCAAAAUCUUCCUCUCCCUGUUUGCCUUCCUCUUUUUUGUCUUGCUGGCUUGGAAUUUUGGCAGAGGCCACAUUCACCUGCCCCGUAGGAUCCGAGAAAGGCUCUUCCACGUGAUCAGAAUGAGUCGUCGGGGCCGCCCGGAGUUGGAUGCUAGAGAACAAUGGAGUGAUUCUCAGCAAAAUUCACUGGCGAUAACUAGCACCUCCUCGCUCCUACCUCUUUUCACUGCUUCCAUAGAAGACAUCUACAGGAACGUGUGUUCCAGCAACAACACGAACAGGGAGCCCUCUGGACAAAGCACCAGCCUCUCCGGGGCUACCAGCCAAGUAGCUGAUGGGCGUUCCAGAGCGAAAAAGUAAAAAGCCAAGAGCCGAACGGCUCGGGAGGCAGGACAAGGCUACAGAUGGAAGGCUCUCGAGAGUCUCUUUUGUCAAGCAGCGAUGCUGGACUGGUCUGGGUAGCUCGCCCAGGAAAUAAAAACUUUUGGGGAAAGUUGGUACCAAA